ACCAUGAAGCACAGGUCACCCCACUGGUAUAAGAAGUAGCGGUACACAUAGAUGCUGUAGGGCUCGGAAAGGUCCUUGCCGAUCAGCUGCCGUAUGGAUGGCAGGUACUCUUCCUCUUUGCCCGUCUCAUACUGGACGUACGACAGCUCGAUGGCCUCGUUGGGAGCGGCACUGUUGCUCUCGGCCAUGACACACGAGGCAAGGCACGCACGAUCAGGAAGUGGGACGUCGGAGGGUUCCGAGUCGGAAUGGCAGGUGCGGGUCUGCAGCGUCGCGGGCUCCAUGGGCGGCCAUUGGCUGAAGGGCGAUGAGCUUUGCUGUGAUUUCAUCACAUGCACGCGGGCGCGCUCGGAAGUUGGAGGGUUCGCUUUGGGCAGCAUGUGCUAGACUAGAGCUCUGAUCUUGCACAGCCCUCUCCCGCAAAGGAAGACGCGCUGCCUCAGAGCUCGCAGUCUCCUCACCCCUGCUGCCAUGGCCUUCCUCAGACGUCGCUUCGGCGGCGGCGAUACGUCAUCAGAGCCCUCACGCGAACCGUCGCCCAAUCCCGCGCCCUCCCAGCGUCCCUCGAAUCUGCGUGUCAUCACCGCCGAGCAGCUGCACACGCUCCAGCAAAAGGGCAAGGUCAAGCAUGGCAAGAGGAAGAACUUCUGGGUCUUUGGGCUGGGCGGCGUGUUCGGGCUGGUCAUCGCGGCCUUCUUCGCGGGCAGCAACGACCUGAUCGACUUGAAGAGCAUCGAGGGCAUGAGCCUGGAGAGCCUGAUGGACGCACUGCCCGCCAACUUCGUGAAGAGCGCACAGCAGCUGCAGAAACAAGAACGUGAUGCCGUCAACUACGACUCCUUUGCUAUCGGCAUGCACGCGCGCAAGCAGGGUAUUCGCGCCCAGCACCCCGUCAUCAUGAUACCCGGCGUCAUCUCCACGGGCCUCGAGUCAUGGAGCACAGAAGAAGGCGCCAGGCAGUACUUCCGCAAACGGCUAUGGGGCUCGUGGACCAUGAUGCGAGCGCUGGUCCUGGAUAAGCCCGGGUGGAAAAGACACAUCAUGCUCGACAAAGACACCGGACUCGACCCACCUGGCGUCAAGCUCCGUGCUGCGCAGGGCUUCGACGCCGCCGACUUCUUCAUCACGGGCUACUGGAUAUGGAACAAGAUCCUCGAGAACCUCGCCACCAUUGGCUACGAUCCCAGCAACGCCUUCACCGCCGCCUACGACUGGCGCAUGACAUACAUGAAUUACGAGAUCCGCGACCAGUACUUCACACGUCUGAAGUCGCACAUCGAAGUCGCAAACCAUGUCUCGGGCAAGAAGGCAGUUCUGUUAUCCCACAGCAUGGGCUCGCAGGUCCUGUACUACUUCUUCCACUGGGUAGAAGCUGAGGGCUACGGCAAUGGCGGCAGCGACUGGGUUGAGAAGAAUGUCGACAGCUGGAUCAACAUCUCAGGCUGCAUGCUUGGCGCUCUGAAAGACAUGCCCGCCGUCCUUAGCGGCGAGAUGAAAGAUACAGCGCAGCUGAACGCCUUCGCCGUCUACGGUCUCGAGCGUUUCCUGUCCCGCUACGAGCGCGCAGAAAUCUUCCGCGCCAUGCCCGGUCUUUCCUCCAUGCUUCCUCUGGGCGGCAACGCCGUCUGGGGCGACCACACAGGCGCACCCGACGACGCGCCCGGCCAAAACGUCUCCUACGGAAACUUCAUCCGCUUCCGUAACACAAACAGUACCAUCACUCGCACCGAGUCAAAUCUCACUGUCGAAGACUCCCUCCCCUUCCUCUUCAAGCACAGCGAGCCCUGGUUCAAGAAAAUGAUCCAGAGCAGCUACUCUCACGGCGUCGCACACACUGCCAAAGUUGUCGAAGACAACCAGAGAAUACCCGCCAAGUGGAUUAACCCGCUUGAGACCCGCCUCCCGCUUGCGCCAAAUUUGAAGAUUUACUGCUUCUACGGCAUCGGCAAGGAGACGGAACGUGCUUACUACUACCGCGCGGACGACGACCCGCUUUCCGGGCUCAACGUUACGCUGGACACUGGGUACACCGCUGCUUCGAACGGUGAGCCGACGGACGGCGGCGGCAAUGGAGCGGUAGACCAUGGUGUGGUCUUGGGCGAGGGUGAUGGCACGGUGAACCUACUGAGUAGUGGGUACAUGUGCGCCAAGGGGUGGAAGUUAAAGAGAUAUAACCCAGCGGGCGUCCAGAUCACGACGUACGAGAUGAAGCAUGAGCCGGACAGGUUUAGUGCCAGGGGUGGGCCUAACACUGCCGAUCACGUAGAUAUCCUGGGUCGCUCUUCCCUGAACGAUCUCAUCUUGCAGGUUGCAGGCGGGAGAGGCGAGCUGAUCAACGAGACGAUACACUCGAAUAUCCUAGAGUACGCCGAGAAGGUGAAGAUCUACGAAGAGGAGGAACACGGCUGGUUUGGGUCAUAGUCGUGUCCAUUGAGAUUCCACGACGUUGAGGCGAUACGAUAGACCGAGGCAGACUCGAGACUUUUAGAUAUCCCAAUUUCAUGGCUCGCGACACUU